CGAUCCAGUUUCGAAUCCCUGUUCUUCCUCUUUAAUGUGGGUCCGGUUCGACCCCUGGCUCGAGCUAGGGUUUGCCACAUUCUCUUCUUUCUUUCUCAGCGCCAAGAGCGCGAUGGAGCGAUAAUCCGCGACGAUCUCCUUGAUCUCCAGCAGCGGCGGCGGCGGCGGCAGCAGCACGGCAGCAGGCGCUGGCAUUGUUUCUAGGUGAGAGAAUCCGGCGACGCCAAAGAACUGGAGUGUAGAUGUCCGCAGUGUCAAAGGGCACCACCCUCCGGAUCCGGGAGGUGUGGGCCGAGAAUCUGGAGGAGGAAUUCAAGCUCAUCCGCGAGAUUGUGGACGAUUUCCCAUACCUGGCCAUGGACACCGAGUUCCCGGGUGUGGUGGUCCGCCCCAUUGGCUUCAAGGCGGGCACGUACCAGAUGCUGCGUGCCAACGUCGAUUUGCUCAAGCUCAUCCAGCUCGGGCUCACAUUCUCUGACGAGGACGGCAAUCUCCCCACCUUUGGCUCUACCCGGGAGUCCUACCUCUGGCAGUUUAACUUCCGCGAGUUUAACAUCAAGGAGGACGUCUACGCCCACGACUCGAUCGAGCUGCUCAAGCAGAGCGGCAUAGACUUCCAGAAGAACCAGGAGCACGGCAUCGACGCGGAGCGAUUCGGCGAGCUGCUCAUGUCCUCGGGGGUGAUCCUCAACGAGAGCGUCCACUGGAUCACCUUCCACAGCGGCUACGACUUUGGCUACUUGCUCAAGCUGCUCACUUGCCAGAACUUGCCACCCAGCGAGGCCGAUUUCUUCGUGCUCCUCCGGAUCUACUUCCCGACGAUCUACGACGUCAAGUACCUCAUGAAGUUCUGCGACAAUCUCCACGGGGGUCUCAACCGGCUGGCCGAGGUGCUCGAGGUGGAACGCGUUGGGCCGUGUCACCAGGCCGGGUCCGAUAGCCUGCUUACGUCGUGCGCGUUCCAGAAGCUGAAAAAGGGGGCCUUGAAGGGAUCCACCGAGAAGUAUGCUGGAGUUCUCUUCGGCCUUGGCGCGGACAACAGUAACUUCAUCGGCGAUUACUCGUGAGGAGUAGCCACCUUUCAUCGUCGUUCUUUUGGUUCCAAAUGAAUGAAAAGAAUGCGCUCCUCCGGUCGAAGUAAGCUCUCGCUCUCGCUUUGUCUGACAAUCUUUGCUCUUCCUUGUUGUUACUUGUAAAACUUCUGUCAUUCCGGACGAAGGUCCUCGUUGCUAUGUACCAAAGUAGUUCUUCUCUUU